AUGCCCAACGAAGACGCCUUCGGCAAGCCCUCCGCGCCAGCCGACACCCCGCACGGCACCGGGGUGCCGCCUCAGGGCAAGGCGGCCGGCGGCUUCGGCAAGGCGGCGGGAGCGCACUUGGGGGCCGCAGGCGGCUCUGGCGCCGGAGGCAGCGGGGCGGCGUCGGGCCUGGGCGCCGCGGGCAAGAAAUCCCCGCGGCUGCCCAAGUGCGCACGCUGCCGGAACCACGGCUAUGCGUCCCCUCUGAAGGGCCACAAGCGCUUCUGCAUGUGGCGGGACUGCCAGUGCAAGAAGUGCAACCUGAUCGCCGAGAGACAGCGCGUGAUGGCCGCGCAGGUGGCCCUGAGAAGACAGCAGGCACAGGAGGAAGAGCUGGGCAUCAGCCACCCCAUCCCCCUGCCCAGCGCUGCGGAGCUGCUUGUCAAGAGGGAGAACGCUGGCAGCAACCCGUGCCUGAUGACCGAGAGCAGCAGCUCCUCGCAGCCUGCGCCAGCCAGUAUUCCUGCUGCUGCGGCCUCAGAGGGUCGCAUGAUCAUCCCGGAUGUGCCUGUUGCAGCCAGCAGAGGGCACGUGGAGAACGCGCCUGACCUGGUUGCAGAUUCCACCUACUACAGCAGCUUUUACCAGCCGCCGCUGUUCCCGUACUACAACAAUCUGUACAACUACCCGCAGUACUCCAUGGCCUUGGCUGCUGACUCCUCUGCUGGGGACAUGGGAAGCUCCGUUGGGGGAUCCCCUGUGAAGAACAGCCUUCGGAGCCUUCCAGCACCAUAUGUGCCUGGCCAGGCAGGAAACCAGUGGCAGAUGAAGAACCCGGAGAACCGCCACGCCAUGAGUUCCCAGUACAGGAUGCAUUCUUACUACGGGCCGCCCUCCUACCUGGGCCAGAGCGUGUCCCAGAUCUUCACCUUUGAGGAGGGCCCAUCUUAUGCGGAACCAAAAGCAAGCGUUUUCUCGCCGCCCAGCAGUCAAGAUUCUGGCUUGGUUUCCCUGUCCAGCAGCUCUCCUAUAAGUAAUGAGAGCACAAAGGGGGUGCUCGAGUGUGAGGCUGCGUCGGAGUCCGCCAGCUACGCGGUCUCUCCCGUAGUCGAAGAGGCAGAGUGAUGAGCAGUGUGGCAGCUGCCGGUUCGCGUGGAAUACCAGGCGUAUUCCACUGCCACGGGGUUGGUGGUUCUUCUGUAUCGACUUAACUGUUGAGAACCUGUUUGGUUUGUAUAUUCCUUAAGAGUUUAGGUCAGAGGUUAAGACACUUGUAAUAAAGGGGUUUGACCACCAUCUGCUGCAAGAAUGAAGUGCUUUGCUCACAGAGUUUAAAUUCUAGUGCUUGUUUUUUUUUUUUUUUUUUUUAAUGUCACUGGUUCAAAUGUAGCAUUCAGAAAUACAGUA